AGAUUGAAAUGGCGGCGGCCGUGGAGGCGAGGAGUUCAGACUCUGACAACGCGGAGGAAUGGUCCCGCCUCAGAGAGGCGGCUUGGGAUCUCGGAUCUCAGAGAACUAUAGGCAAAACAGAGAUAAUCGGCAGCACGACAGAAAUGAACUACAGACGACGCCAGAAUUCAGAAGUCACGUUGCUAAAAAGCUUGGCGUCUUGCUAGAUGGGUUUUCGAUUAUUUACCACAAGCAUACCCGAGGAUCAUAGGAAAGUCGAACCUUCAUCUCCAGUUAAAUGGAAGCCCCCGCCUAGUUCAAGUGAGUCGGACAGUGAAUGGGAUCGGUUGAAGGAGGCAGUGGUUUCGGGCGACGACUUACUUUGGCAAAGUUCCAUCGCCAGCAAUCAGCCAGAGACAAAUCAGGAGGAAGGCCCCGUUGAGAACAAAGGCAAAGGGAAAAAGAAGAAGAGGAAAAAGAGGAAGCUGGCCACUGAAGGUGGGGACGAUGGUAAAGAGGACGAGGAGGCAGUUUCAACAAGAAAAUCCAAACAGAAGUGCCGAGUUCUGGUAAAAGAGCUGGAAGAAACUGAAUUUACUGAUGAAACUCUGGAGGGUCAGGGACGCUUCAAGACAGAAGAAGCUGAUGUUGAAAGGAGUGGAAAGAAAAGAAAGAAACCCAAAAAUGGUAAACAUAUAUCCAAAAUUAAGUUAAAAGGAGUUCUGGUAACAGAUGGGUUAUGACAUUCAUUGGCGAUUCCUGACUUCCUUCAGCUUUCACUCGAGGUGCUAUUCCAAAAGCUUUUGAUUUGUGUACUUUAGCCUCUUACUUUGAAGUAAUGUGGAUCUCCAUGUGAGAAGGGGAAGCAAUGAUUUCUUGCAUACUGCUGUCCUGCCCAAGGGAGAAUGUCUUUGAGUGGAGAUUUGUUGGACUGAUUCAGCUGAAUUGUGAAUAAUGAACUGUCGCUAGAGGGAACUGUGACUGUGGAGCGUUUGGUCCAUGUAUCUUCCUGUUACCUGCCUGAAAUGAUAAUAGUUUAUUUCCUCAUUGCAUUGUAGAACUGGUCUGAUUUAUGUUUGAAAUUUGAACUGCAGCCAUUUUGGUUUGUUAGCAUUGAGUCUCGUGAGUAUUUUUAAUCUGCUUUCAUUUUGAAUUAUUUGAACACUUUGUGAUUUGAAUACUGACUCGGAAAGAAACGCUUGUUUAUUUUAACUCGGUCGUCCUGCUGUUAAUUUUUGAGAGUUUUGUGUAUAACCUAUUUACCAGUGUUCUGGUUUCAUCCCCCAAUAUAUCACGGGUGGUGUAAAACAACACAUACAAGAUCAUAUCUUUGCAGCAACUUAUCAAAUGGUGCAGGUAGUAUGGAAAUUGGAAGAACAAAUCUUCAGCUGGUUUGGCCUCAAUGCUCCGAUUCUCAAGAUAUAUUGCUGACUGAAAAACUGCGUGAAUCUGUGCACAGCGUGAUACUAGACCUCACCAUUUAUCACCCUGGCCAUUGACACCUCUCCUUUCCAUUAUUCUUGCCAGGUAUUAAAUCUUCACAUGAGGAUAGAGGAUGAGGUUCAGCAAGUUAUUCUACCACAGAAACAUUUAUAUCUAAUCACGUAUGUGCUAAACUUGCACAUUUAACCCUUUUUCAACCAAAGAAACUAGAGAACAGUCAGGGGUGGAAUAUUUUCCUAUUUUUAUUAACAGCAAAGAUAUAUUUGAUAUCAUCUGUGACUGGCAUUGCUGUAAUUAAAUAAAUCCUUGGAAUAGAAUCAUCAAGCAGCCACGAAAGUGCUUACAACUAAUGGAUUAAACUUGCUUAUUAAAGAGCAGGUUUUUAUUACCUGAUUAUGUUUGCGGAUAAGUUACCCGAAGGUUGUUGCCCCCUCAUGCUCUCCCUGCAGGUUCUAAAACGGAUGACGACUUCCUAUUAUGUCAUGUCACAAGAUGUCAAAAUUGCUUAAUGUUUUAUUUUCAUUUUAAGAGCCGUCUAAUUGUUUAAAGAAGAGCUCUAUUUAAUUGUUGGAGGCCACGCAUUGGCCUCUUGUCCACAUCAGCUGAAUCAUUUGAUCUGUGUAAUUGGCUCAUCGUUUUCUGCAUUGAACGAAUGCUGUCCAUUCUAGUAAAACACGGGAUAAUUAAACAGAUUCAUUCAUAUUUAACGGAGAUUUCUCAGGCAAUUCUGAUUAAAAAGCCUCUUGACAAAUUAUAUUCCUAACGCAUACAUUUCUCUUGGGAUAAAAUGAUCUUGAAUACAU